CCUGACCUCCAGGCUCCAACUCGAACCAUUAGAAGGAGAAGAAGAUUGAUUUCUUAUGGAUGCUUUUGUGAGGAUCUGAGACCUCAAUGUCUCAAAGGUGAUUCUUCAGGUGAGCUUUCAGGGAUGCUAACAAGGAUAGCAGUGGUGUUGCUGGUGGGUCUUCUGGGAUGGGCUUAUCAGACCACACAACCUCCCCCUCCUAAGAUAUGUGGAUCCCCAGGUGGUCCUUCUGUUACAUCACCCAGAAUUAAGCUCAGUGAUGGAAGGCAUCUGGCCUACAGAGAGAGUGGAGUCCCCAAGGACAAGGCGAAAUACAGAAUCUUAUUCGUUCAUGGCUUUGGCGUCUCCAAAGAUUUCAGUUUACCUUCAUCUCAAGAACUUAUAGAAGAGCUGAGAAUAUAUUUUCUGUCAUUUGAUAGAGCUGGGUAUGGAGAAAGUGAUCCAAACCCAAAGAGGUCAGUAAAAAGUGAAGCAUUUGAUAUUCAAGAACUCGCGGACCAGUUGGAGAUUGGAUCAAAGUUCUAUGUGAUUGGUGUCUCUAUGGGAGGUUACCCGGCUUGGAGUUGCCUUAAAUACAUACCACACAGGCUGGCAGGUGUAUCCUUAGUAGCUCCUGUAAUCAACUACUGGUGGUCUUCUUUUCCUGCCAAACUAUCAAUAGAGACCUAUAGGAAGCAGCUGUUGCAGGACCAAUGGACACUUGGGAUCGCACAUUACGCCCCUCGGCUGCUAUACUGGUGGAUGACUCAGAAACGGUUCCCUUCAUCAAGUCUAGUGGAGGGGAACCCAGGGAUUCUCAGUAGCAAAGACCUAGAGAUCUUAAGCCAGAUGUCUAAAGCCUUUGAACCGCAGUUCAAAGACAAAGUAACACAGCAGGGUGUAUUCGAAUCUCUGCACCGAGACUUAAUGGUUGGUUUUGGUUCUUGGGACUUUGAUCUGAUGGAUCUAAAUAACCCAUUCCCUCUGGAAGAGGGCUCUUCUGUUCACAUCUGGCAGGGAUACGAAGAUAGGCUCAUUCCAUUUCCGCUGCAGCGCUAUGUCGCUAAAAGGUUGCCUUGGAUCAGGUAUCAUGAGCUUCCAGAUCAUGGACAUUUCUUUUUCUUAAACACAAGCUUUUCCGAUGAUAUCCUGAGGGCACUUGUCCUUGGAAGAGAAGAACCCUCCACCAUAAAUGCCUAGUUAACUAGUAAUCCUUGCUU